GAUAAUUAUCUAUCGACGAUCUGACAAGGACGAAUGUAUGUAUCUCGUUGGUCGAGAGUGGUGUCAGCUAUGCCGAAGAAAACUAUAGGUAUACGAAGACGUGUGUAUGAUCGAGCGCAACAUAGUAUUUCCCUUUCUUUGCUCGCGCGAUCAAGCCGGAAUACCAGGAAGAUCCUAGAAAAGAAGAGACGGCCAGGAUGAACGUUCGAUGGAGCGAGAUCGAUAGACGAAGCGCGACGAACAGAUCGAAAAAGCGAGCGGUCAAGAGCAUAGAGAGAAAACCGGACAGAGGAAGAGAUGAAUAUGCAGCUCAAAGCGAUCUUUGUCGAGCAAUUUCCCCGAUUUAUUAUCUUGGUAAAGCCUGUGGGUUGAUUCCUGUUAGAUUCAUUGCACGCGCAUCCGGGAGAUAUCAGGCGCGCCUGAGCAUACUAGAUCUGAUUUACAGCUUGUGCGUGUUAACGUUGCUCCUGGGUGCUGAGAUAUGGGGUCUGUGGCGAGACAUGAAAGACGGUUGGGAGCACAGUACCAGACUGAAGUCUCGAACUGCGGUAAUUGCAACAUGCAGCGACGUUCUUGGUGUGAUGAGUCUCACGGUGGUCUGCAUCGUUGGCUCGCCAUUUCGUUGGAAGUACCUGGAAGUCGCAAUCAAUAAAUUAAUAGAGGUGGACGAGCGAUUGGGUGUGCCCGCGGGAAGAAAAACUCGGCUGUUUACAAUCUGUUUAACGGUGUGCAGCCUCGCGUACCUGUGGUUUAAUUCGAUCCUUGAUUUUUCCACUUGGACUCGGCACACGAAGAUCAGUAGACCGUUGACCGACAAAGGUCCCAUCAACUACGCGCCUCUAUAUUUCAUGUACACGGUAAUUAUCUCGACGGAGCUUCAGUACAGCGUGUCCACGUACAACUUGAGCCAGAGAUUCGUUAGAUUAAAUAACAGCCUCAGAAAUCUACUGGACAGUGGUAUUCUUUCGUCCGUGGUCUACUCGUCGGCGAAUCCCAUUGAAACAGUAGUAACGGCAGACGUUCACGACAGACGAUUAAACAUCGUGUCGGGUAGACAAUUAGAGUUGGGCAAUCAUCGGGUCCUUGGUAACUCAGGUCAGAGAAAGAGUCUAAUCCGAGUUAGCGUAUACUCUAUCUCGAUGUUGAUUGCAGAGAGCGGUAUACCCGAAUUGAUACUGAUACAUUCGUUGCUGUGCGAUACGGUGUCCCUAAUAAACAACACGUUCGGCGUGGUGAUACUGGCAGUGACCACGACUUGCCUGCUGCAUCUUGUGAUCACACCUUACUUUUUAAUUCUACAAGCGGGCGAGGAACACGAGUGGAUAUUUUUAGCGGUGCAAGGCAUGUGGUGCAUCUUCCAUGUGACUAGAAUGCUGAUAAUCGUUCAACCGAGCUACUCGACCGUCGCCGAGGCGAAGAAGACAGCGGUGCUCGUCAGUCAGUUACUGUCCUCCAGUUUCGAUGCGAGUACACGCCACCAGUUGGAGAUAUUCUCCCUGCAAUUACUGCAUCGACCGUUGGAGUUCUCGGUUUGCGGGCUCUUCUCCUUGGACAGAACAUUGAUAACAUCGAUUACUGGGGCCGUGACCACGUACCUUGUCAUACUGAUACAGUUCCAAAAUGCGGACGACACGCAAGGUCAGGUUGACAGGCUAAAGAACGCGACGCAGAUUCUGAAAAACGCAUCGACGCUGCAGAAUUUGGCCGGUAUGAAGACGGUUCUCUGAAGCUCGAGAACAAAAACAUGGCGAAAGCGGAUGCAGAGAGAGAGAGAGACAGACAGACAGACACGCACACACACACAGUCGUGUAUGAUAAUGUCGUAUUUAAUUGUUCCAAUUCUCAUAAACAGCGGCAAUAUACAAAUACAGUUUUUACUCGUUUCGCAGUCCAACUAUUUGUCGUCAACGAGUCGUUUGAUCGGACAAUUGACCAAGAGCGUGCUUCGUACGAUGCCCGAAAUUAGAUGUCAGUCACAGCCUAUCCAAAAUGUUCCUCUCUCCUCGUCUCGCUGUCUCACUGUACGGAUAACAUAUCCAACAUAGUCUCGUCAUGCGAAGAAGCCAGGCGUGUGUCUCGUUGGAUCGAAUUACUACUAAGGUAUAUACAACCUCUCGUAUACUGACUCGUUUUUCUCUGCGACGCUAUACACUUGUUCGUACAAAUUAUUAUUACUCUAGCAAUAAAUAUUGGAUCGUCCGAAAAGAAUCUAGCUCACGAUUACGCGCUGCAUGGUAUCAUACAACGCUGUCUCGUGAUCUUUCUGUACCCAUGCGUCAAUAUACAACAUGUUCGCGGUCUUGUUCAAAUUCAAUUGGAUGGCCGGUAUGUGUAGGUGUAUGUAGGUAUGUGUAGGUGUGAAUGUAUGUUUUCACAGAACCAAACGAGACGCGAAAAUUCCGCCACGCUCUGUCUCUAGCCAAACCGAAACCCGAAAGCUUCAUCGUAUCGGAUCAUCCUCGUCGCAAAUUUACUCAGUUGACCGUGGCCGCCGCGACCGGCGGUUGUGCUUUCGGAUGCGUGACCUGCAAAAGGUUCUCACAGCAACUGUCUUUUGCGAUAUUCAAACACUUUGGUCGCGGACAGGCGAGCACGUUUUCCGAAUUGAUCGAGAUCAACUCUGCGUCGUUAUCCCCUUUGUUCGAGAGACGGGUGUUGCACUGACAAGGGCUCGUGUGCCGAUGGAUCCGCGAGAAACAGUCGCUGCACACUCUCACGGGAUUGUAAAGCUGCUCGCUGGGCAGCGGGGUCGAGUUCUCUGAACAGUCCGCACAGAAGAUUUUACCACAGCAUCUACGAGAUAAAGGCAGUUAAACGUUUGCUUUUGUUUCUUUCCACAACUGUGAAUAAUUGGGAGUACCCGCAAAUCGAGGUCCUACCUGCAAUGGUGUUUGCGUCUUCCUAGCCAGAAUUCUGUAUCACAACCCAUGCACCGGGUCACCGCGUGAUCAGGUACCCACAAAGUAGGAGCUGGUCCCAAUUCUUCAACAGCUUCCCAGGACAUGUCCGAUGGCAAUGACUCUCCGUGGUCACCGGCACUGCCCACAGAGUCCGGUAACGAUCCCUGAAAUAAAUAUUCCUUCAUUUUCUAUCCAGUUAAGGUCCUUCCCUGUUCAAGCUCUUAUAUUACUUACGAUAUCGUCGAUGCGCUCGGUUUCUGCAUUAUGAUUGCAAACCUGUUUGAUCAACGCCAGCCUCGUUGUAUGUAACUCCUUCCUCAAUGCGUCCUCUUUCAGCUGGAAACCACAAAAACCACCAAAUAAAAGAAACACAACUGUUGUC